AUGUAUCUUAAAGAAUUUACCAACGUCAGUCCCAACGCCGUUGCCGCAGCCAAUCCCGAUGAUUUCAAGAUCGGCAAAUACAUGAAGUUGCUCGAAGAAGGGUUCGAAAAGGACACAGAUAACCUCGUCGCAAAGUUUAGCGGAAUUUACGCUUUUAAAGUGAAGAAUGGUCCAAAUGACGAAGAAGGUUAUUGGGUCGUUAACACCAAAGAGGGAAAAGGCAAAGUGACCUACAACGGCUUGGAGAAACCUGAUGUUACAUUUACCAUCAACGACAAUGACGUAACAGAUCUCGUCUUGGGAAAGUUGAAUCCUCAGAAGGCCUUUCUCCAGGGAAAGAUUAAAAUUCAAGGUAACGUCAGCCUUGCUAUGAAACUUGUCGAUUUACAGAAGCAAGCCGCCGGAAAAAUCGAAACAAUUCACUCGAAAUUAUAA